UCCCCUUCACACAACUCCCCUCCACUGAAAACUUCAAAGAGAGAGGAGCGGUCAGUGGUCGCCUCGCCGCCACGCACCCACCCUCCUCCCCGGCGCUUCGCCACUCCGCCAUGCUUCCGAGGCCAAGCCAGAGAAGCAUCUUCCACCUCGGGGAGGAGGGUGGCUACGACCACCAAGGCGCCGACGAUACUACUACUCGCCACCAGGAAGGGCGCCUAGACCAUGGGCGGCACCGGCGAAAGCGAGACGCCGUCGACGACGCCGGCGUUGGGCUGCAGAUCCUGGUCCAGCACCACCACCACACGCGGGCGCCGUCGCACUCGCACAUCGUCCUGAAGCAGGUGGUCCUGCCGACGGCGGCGGCGCGGCACCGCCGUGGGCCGUGCGGCAGCUUCUUGAGGGCCUGCUCCCUCUGCCUGAGGGAGCUCAGCCCCAACAAGGACGUGUACAUGUACAGAGGUGACCAGGGAUUCUGCAGCGAGGAGUGCCGGUGUCAGCAGAUGUUGAGAGACGAGGCGAGGGAGCACGAGGCCAUGAUCAAGAAGGAGCGCGUGCGGCGAGGCUUGCCUCACCAUCUCCGCCACGGGCCACGGCCGGCGCCGGUGGCGGCGGCGAUCCGCGGCACGCCGAGGAGACCAGUCGCGGUAGCCUUCUAGCAGAUAGGCUAGCAUCCGGGGUCGAUGCACAGAGAGAUGGCCACUACUCUUUGUAUACCGGUGAUGGUGUGAUAUCGAUCCUUGCUUACAGAGGGAUGUUCUAUGGAGAAUACAGGGGAAAACCGCGAAUUCUACAAUGGUGAAGGCGAAAGAACUGCGUGUCUUGCUGUUUUUGUGUAAUCUGAGAUGUAAACUAAAGGCAAUCAGGGAAAGAUAUGCAGAGAAUCACAUGAAAGUCAAAGUGACUGUUUUCAGUGUCAGUCGCAAGCCUAUGCAGUUUCUAUCACUGUUUAUCUUGCUCU